AUGGAGCAGUGCAGUGCAUUCAGUGACAUAUUGCGUGUGCCGCCCUUCACCUAUGAUGUCGAGGCCUGGUUCCUGUACCUCGAAGCUGUGUGGGCCGGCGCGGACCUCCCUGACCUCCAGCGAUACCAGGCGGUUGUCCGGGCACUCCCCUCAGAAGUGGUCGCUCGUCUGUACAGUGUCCUCUCCAACCUGCCGGAGGCAGACAGGUAUGGCGCCCUUAAGUCGGCCAUCACGGGGGUCUUUGGGCGGUCCCGCGAAGCCUGUUUCGCCGCACUUGACUCAGCUCGGUAUGACGGCGGCCGCCCGUCGGCACUCCUGGCGAGGUUGUCCGCCCUGAACAGGGCGGCAGGGUUCCCGUGGUCGGAGGAGAUGGUGCGCCACAAACUCUCCUCUCUCCUGCCGCAGCCUGUCCGUCUCCAGCUGGCGGCUGCCCCACAGGCCCUCUCCUUGGAGGAAUUCUCGGCCCUCGUGGACAGAGUGCACGAGGCCCACGUGGUGUCGCCCCCAGCAGACCCCGCCCCGGCCUGCCUGUGCCCCGUCAACGCCGCGGCCCCGACGGACCAGCCAACCGCACCAGCGGAAUCUCUCUCUCUCCACGUCCUCCAGCAACAGGCGGCGGUGACCUCGGGGGCUCGCCGUAACCCACCCCUGGCUGCAGUGCCCAGCUCCACUGAGACCCGCCUUGCUUCGGUGGAGGCCUCCCUGCGGCGCCUGGAAGCUCUGCUCGCCCGCUCUCCUACCCAGACGGACGCUGGGGUCUGUUUCUACCACAGGCGUUUCGGGGAGGAGGCACGCAGCUGCCGACCGCCAUGUGCUUGGCCCCGCCAGGGAAACGGGGCGGGCGGGGGCCGCUAA